AUGGAUGUCAGCAGUCAAAGCACUUCUCCACAGCCGAUUGGUAAUAGCGGUUCAGCUUCAGAUCAUGCCACUUCUACAGCCCCAAUACCUGGUCUUCCCGCUUCUGCUGGCCCGGUGAACAAAGAGGAUCCCGUGCCGCAGUUAGUUUGGUUGAUAUUCGGCGCCACCGGUCAUCUCGGACGUUCAGUCUCCGGCAUUGCUCUAGCAAGAAAUGAUUUCGUCAUCCACGUCGGGAAAACCGGUACCGAUGAGCAAAACCCACCGCCUUCAAACCCCAAUGGUGUCUUCACUGUUUGCGAUAUCAGGGACCGGGAAAGUGUUUCCAAAACGUUCGAUAGAUCCCUAACUGUAUGGGGUAGGAUAGAUGUCGUGGUAAACUGCGCCGGCUACGGGAUCAUCGGUGCAUGUGAGGACCAGGAUGAAUACGAGAUUCGUAAUCAGCUGGAUACUAAUUUCAUGGGUCUGUUCAAUAUUAUGCACCUGACGAUCCCAUACUUUCGGAAACGAAAAGAAGGGAGGUAUAUCAUAUUUUCUUCGACAUCUGGGUUUUUAGGAUUACCAGGAUUGGGAGGAUAUUGCGGAUCGAAAUGGGCGGUUGAAGGGUUUGUUGAAUCGCUGAUGUAUGAACUGGAACUAUCGAAUAUCAAGGUAUCGCUUAUUAUUACAGGAUUGGCGAAACGUGAUGAACCGACUCAAGAUACGCAUGGUCAAAUACCGAACUGGGCUCACUUUCUGAUAACAACCCCUUCAGCGCCGUACGCGGGUGUGACUUCGCCGGCGAACCAUGCUCGGAGAAUGGUACAAUGGAUACAGGACAAGCAGAUAACCAGCGGAUUGAAAGUUGCGGAGAUGGUCUGGGAGCUUGCACAUUGUCAAAACCCACCGCUAAGACUACUCCUCGGACAACAUGCCGUCGAGUCGAUGCGUGAUAGGCUUCGGUUCACGCUCGAGGAAAUUGAGGAUUGGAAGCACUUGUACAACCUGGAUGAUUCUGAUAUUCAGAACCAAAACGACGGACAGGAGGAUGGUGGCGAGAUGGAGGAUGUGGUAAUGUCCACACGGGAAGACGACGACGAUUCCAAGUAA